GGAAGUGGCGAAUUCGCCUUCAGAGAGCGUAGAAAUUUUCACCAGUGCGGACGUAGGACAAGCUCCAUCGGGCUUUUAUUUUUUUACAGACAGCACAAACUGAAAAACCAAUUGUUUGUUUAAUAUUAUUAACGGUACUGCCUUAUUUCACCACCAACCAAAAAAGAAGCUAAGCCACGGAAAAGGAUAAUCAUUUAGGGGAAUUUCUAGCCCAAAAAACAAGACACCAACGACACAAACAACAAAAGCGACCACAAAUACAUAGUAUGAAUGUCGCCUAAAUAUCAUAAUUUCGAGAUUGCACUGGUCUACUUUCUGCUGCUGAUACCAUGGCCGCCCACGAAUGUGAUCAGAAUCCUGUGCUCGCGAGAUAACAGCCGACUGGUGCGCAAGAUAGUGCGCUCCAAAUGGACUCCCAUCUUGGACAAGCAUCAGGUGAAACUUCCGCUGGAGUGCCCGCUGCAUCCGUUCCGGGAUGUCUUCGCCCCCCGACAGGAUGCCAAGCAGAGGGAUCGACCCACUCAGUGGACGUGCCGGAAAUGCGGCAAGAGCUUCUACCAGGAGAAGCACCUGGAUCUGCAUUUCGACACGCGCCACAAGAGCAUCAUCAAUGAGGCGGAGGAUGCAGUUUGCCUGGCCGACUUCUGCGACAUCAUGCGGUGCGAGGUUUUCGAGACGGAGGACGCCUCCAGCCUGAAGUUCGGGGACCAGCACAUCGUCACGGACAUCGAGGUGUGGGGCGACUCACUGGGCCAGAACUCGGCGUUGGCCAAAGCGAAUGCUGCCUACUUGAGCUUAAUACCAAGAACUUCCACAUUGGGUGCCUCGCGUGCCGCCAAAGUACAAAAUCGUCAAUUACUCCAAGACAAGCCAAGCCAGGCCAGCGGCAAGCAGGAUCAGUCGGCGGCAGGUGAGCGAACACAACCCCACUCCCACUCAUCCCGCUCCUCCCACUCCUCCCACCGAGUGCGUGCAUCCACCACAGCCAAUCCCCUUCGCCUAGAUCCAUCCCCGGAGGACGGAUCGGCGGACAGGCCGCGGUCGGCGGGCGAGAAGCUGCUCCACAAGCUCAAGGAGCUGGGCAAGGCGCACCUGAAGCCAUCGUCGUCCGGGGAUCCCGAGGCCAGCCGGCAGAACGAGACGGACGAGGAGGAGGACGACGAGGAGGGCAGUGGACAGACCGGGGGCAGUGGCCACUCCGCCGACGAGGCCAAAACGGAGGAGGGCUCGGGUGCGAAUGGGAACGGCAACAAGGCGAGGGCCAACUGCAAGCCGGAGGAGCUGAGCAAGCUGAAGAACCGCUGCGAGAUGCUCCUGAGGAGCUGCAUCGGCGGACUACUGCUGUCCAUGUCGGAUCAGGCCUUCAAAGAGAUGGAGGAUGAGAUGAACAAGGCGGUGUGCUGGUAUUUGACCUGCGACCGCUACUGGGAGGACGGCCCCCUGGAGCCACGCGCCUUUCCCUGGGGCCUCAUAGUCAUCCUGAUCUUCGUGCUGUCCACGGGGAUCUGCUUCUGUUACUACAUCAUCUGGAUACUCUUCGACUCCGAAGAGACGACAAUCAACGCGAACCACUACUACACCGGCCAGGGAGCCAUUAUCGGCGGCGGCGGGAGCAUCUACAUGCCCGGAGCAGCAGCGGGUCAUCACUACCAUGUGGACUAUGCCACGCGGCACGACCUCGACCUGGACGGCGGCGGGAUAGCUGGUCAGCAGCAGCAGGCGCAGCUGCUCCAGGAGCAGCAGUACUACUACCAGGAGCAGCAGCAGCAGCAGCGGGAUUUGUAUCCGGAGCAGGUGCAGUACCUUCGGCACAGUCCGCGGCACUACAUCGCCGAUCAGCGUCCACCAGUGGGCACACCCACCCAAGGGGCCGUGCGCAGCAGUUCCUCCAACGCCAACACGCCGUUGCACCAUCGGGUGCAGCAGCAUCACACGGUGCAGCAGCAGCAUCCCCACCACCUGCAGCACCGCCACUCGACGAGCCUGGCCUACCCACAGGACAUUUUAGACCGACGCGACUAUACAAGUAGCUCCUCAUCGCGCACCUUAGCUGGAUCAGGAUCAGGAUCAGCAUCGGCAUCGGGAGCGGGAGUGGGUGACGCCCAGCAGCGGCACUACAACACGCAUCCGCGGCCGCUGGAGACGAGGCAUCGCCACGUGGGCUCCUCGCAGCAAUCCCUUCGUGCCUCCGCCUCCACGCACGAGAUCGUGCAGCAGGAGGCGGCCAGUCUGGGCCAGAACGAGCACUACAUCUAUGUGACCUAUCCGCCGGACCUCAAGAAGCGCUACUUCGAGUGAAGGACUGGGCUGGGAAGGAGAUAGAUGGAG